AUGCGAAGCAACUUGACCCUUUUGAUCUUAUUGUUUGUUCUUUGUCAUGGCGUGACAGUAGCAAUGGGGCGGUUCUGGAGGACAGAGGUCCGAAAGAGAGACGAGGGUUCUCCAAGGCCCGACAAGUUGUUCUUGAUGCAGGAAUACAAGCUCGUGGCCAAAACCAACGCUGGGGAGAUGCGAGUGUUCAAAAGUAAUGGUGGCAGAGUUUCUGAGAGGCGCUUGCACAUUGGUUUCAUUAACAUGGAACCAAGGUCCCUCUUCAUUCCUCAGUACAUUGAUUCCACUUUGAUCAUAUUCGUGCGUUCAGGGGAAGCAAAGUUGGAAUUCAUACACAAAGACAAGCUGGCGCAAAGGCGUUUGAAGAUGGGAGAUGUAUAUCGAAUUCCUGCUGGUUCUGCAUUCUAUCUUGUUAACGUAGAAGGUGGUCAAAAGCUUCACAUUAUCUGCAGCAUUGAACCCUCUGAGAGCUUGGGAGAUGAUGUUUUCCAGUCCUUCUAUAUUGGAGGAGGAACUCAUCCAGCCUCAGUACUUUCUGGAUUUGAGCCUGAAAUCCUUGAAACUGCUUUCAACGCAUCAGGAGAAGAGUUGCGAAAAUUCUUCGCUAUGCAACACGGGGGGCCGAUUGUGCAUGUGGGAGAUUCACAUACAACAAGCAUAUGGACCAAGUUCCUUCAACUUAAGGAGGAAGACAAACUGGAUCACCUGAGGGAAAUGGUGCAACAACAACGAGAAAAUGAAGAAGUGGAGAAGGAAGAGGAGGAAUCUGGUGAUGAAGAAGAGCAACAAACAAGUUGGUCAUGGAGGAAGCUCUUGAAAUCUGUAUUUGGGGAAGAGAUCAAGGAAACGAGGGAGAAGAUUACUAAAAAACCUCCUCGCUCUUACAACCUCUAUGACAGAAAACCAGAUUUCAAAAACAAUUAUGGUUGGAGCGUUGCUAUUGAUGGCUCUCGGUAUCAUCCACUCAGAAGAUCUGGCGUUGGCAUUUAUCAUAUCAAUCUCUCAGCUGGAUCAAUGAUGGCACCCCAUUUGAAUCCAAGGGCAACAGAAUAUGGCAUAGUGCUAAAAGGUUCAGGUAGGAUCCAAAUAGUGUUUCCAAACGGAACCAAUGGAAUGUACACUCACAUCAAAGAAGGGGACGUGUUCUUCAUUCCAAGGUUCUUCGCCGUCUGCCAAAUAGCAUCAAGGGGUGAACCACUAGAGCUCUUUGGCUUCACCACCUCGGCUCAUAAGAACAAGCCACAAUUUCUGGUAGGUGCUACGUCACUCAUGAGGGCCAUGGUAGGGCCCGAGCUUGCAACUGCAUUUGGGGUGAGUGAAGAGACCAUGAGGCGCAUGGCUAUGGCACAACACGAAGCUGUGAUUCUGCCAACUACAUUGGCUGCACCUGCACACCAUCUUGAGGAGGUGCAGGUGGUGGUGGAUGCAAGUCCAAAGCUUACAAGGAAGGAAAUGGUUAUGGGCUUUUGA